CUGAGCAGCAUAUGCGCCAUCCCAGCGAGCCGCAGCGUGGUGGCCCGCCGCCUCCGGGAAUGCAGCAGCAGCAUCCGGGCCAGGGUAGUAUGCAGGCCCAUGCAUCAGCAGCAACCUCAGCAGCAGCAACAAAAGAUGCCGCCCCAACACCAGCAGGGCGGCGCCCCUAUGCCUAGCGGGCGCCCCGGCUAUAUUGAUGAGGGACCUGGCUCCGCCACCCCAUAUGGUAAUCGCUAUGACGGUCCUCCCAGGUCUGAGGUUGCUGCCAGUGGUGGCGCACCGGUUCCUUCGCCGCACUAUUCUAUGCAGCAAGGGCUCGCAGGCGGGGGCUGGGCCGUACCAGCCCGCGUCAGCGCCAUACACCAGUGCGCCCUAUUCCCAGCCUCCCACCUCGCGGCCAUACUCGGCCUCUAGCCAGCCUCCGUCUGCCGGUGUGUAUGGACCCCAGCCGCAGCAGCAGGGUGGGCCCUACCGCCCUGGCGAUGAGCGGCGUGGUUCCUCGCGUACCGGAUCCCCGAUGGUGACACAGCAGCAGCAGCAGCAGCAGCAAUACCAGCGUCCAGCAGCCGCCCCAGCAGGUCACGUCGUCUACUGAGCCAACUCCGACGUCUGGUACAUUUCAUUCCGGGCCAGUGAACGGCUAUGCCCCGUACCCGGGUCAGCCAGCCCUCUCUGAUACUCGGCGACACAGCCGCAGCCCGUCGCAGCCGCAAAAUGCGGGGUACCGGCAGCAGCACAGGCA